GCUUGAAAAAUCAAGGUCAGACUGUCCUGCUAUCAAAAAUCUGUUUAAAUCAUUAAGUUGUCGUUCCAAAAGUUUGUCAUCUUUGAAUAAUGGCCACCGUGUCUAAACACAAGAAAGUGAGGAUCAUGAAACAGAAGUUGAAACUUUUUCGAGCCAAUGAACCAUUAAAAAGUGUACUGAUGUGGGGCAUAAAUUAUUCGUUUUCCGCUCUAAAUCAUGUAAAGCAACGUGCACUGUUAUUGAAAGACGAUUUCAAAGCAUAUAUGAAAGUGAAGGUUAAUAACCACCACUUUAACAAGUAAGUUUUCUUGUAUUCAUGGUGGACUUAUGCUGACGAAUGUGAUUCUAGGGAGAAUAUGCCUAGUAGAUUCAAGUUUAAGGAGUACUGCCCAAUGGUGUUCAAGUCAUUACGAGAUCGAUUUGGAGUUGACAAGAUGGAUUAUUGGGACUCUUUCACCAGAUACCAACCAUUGUGGGAUAGUACGCGUGGAAAAUCUGGAUCGAAAUUUCUAGUCACGUAUAACCGACAAUUUGUAGCCAAAACAAUCAGUUCAGAAGAAGUUGAACAAAUGCAUCAAAUGUUAGAAGAAUAUUAUUCUUACAUUGUCAAAGGACACGGCCAAACACUGCUUCCUCAAUUUCUUGGACUUUAUCGACUUACAGUGAAUGAUCAGGAGUCGUAUAUCUUAGUAAUGAGGAAUGUGUUCAGCCCAAGACUUGCGAUUCACAAGAAAUAUGAUUUGAAGAAUAUUCUGUAUUCAAGUCAUCAUGUGAAACGUUCUGUAAGUAUUCAUUCCUUCGUCGCUCAUGGGUCGACUGAAUUGUCGAGUUCCAAGAUCAACAUUGACAAUCCUGUGACAGUUUUAAACAAGGAGCAUAAACGUCGUCUACGGAUUAAAAAGCAUUCGUUUCAAAGUACCACAGGUUCGAAGCCCUUGCCAACUCUGAAAGAUGCAGAUUUUCUAACAGAUUUGUGCAAAAUGCAUAUUGGUGAAGAGUCUAAAAAGAAGAUGUUGAGUACUCUGGAAUGUGAUAUACAAUUCUUACAGGAGAACAAUUUGAUCGACUACAGCCUUCUUAUUGGAGUGCAUAAUCCCGAGAUUGCAUUGGCUAAUUCAAUUGAGGAUGCUGGUGAUGACGGUGAAGGGACUGGUGGUGGUGUGUUGGAGCCUAACAGUCGAGGCUUCGAUGACAGGAUGGUGUCUGCAGGUGACGGUCUUGGAACACUUAGCUCACAAUGGCAAUGUGGUCGUUUGUCGAUGGCUAGAUCGAGUAUUGUGCUUGGUCUGAGCUCGUCAGCAGCUGCCGAGGCUGCUAGUUGUGGUGUUGGUACUGGGAAUGCGAGCACAGGUGAUGAUGACGAUGAAGAGGAGGACGGUAUCAGUAUACCAGAGAACAAUACACAAGUCCCUACAAGUGAAUUGACCCCACCGGAUAGUCCACCUGGUGCAGAAUGUCUACCUCAAUUAUUCUCAGGUGAAUUGCAUCCUACUUUGGAACAUUAUGGAAUCAAAAGUUCAAUUGAUUCUCCUCAUCCACUGAUCUAUUUUGUGGCUAUUAUCGACAUACUAACCCGUUAUGGGAUGCGUAAACGUACAGCGCAAACUUACAAAACAGUGAAACAUGGUGCUGAUGGUGGUUCUGUAAAACCGGAAUUCUACGGUCGUCGUUUAUUGGAAUUUGUUGAACAGUGCAUUGACUGAGCGGAAUGAGAAGUCUUAGUUGACCUCUGUAUGAAUGUACGCAUCGUUCCCUUGCUUUGACUCGAUCUUUCUAUCUAACUAUGUAUGUAUGUUGUUUGUUGUAUCGAGUUCCUAUGUGUUUGUAUAUAAUGCGUGCAUAUACAACUAUCCAACUAUGUAAUUGUACACAUAGGGUGCUAAAGCAUGCAUACACACAUACAUACAUGCAUUUAUAUAUGGACACAAACACGUACACUCUCACACUCACAUAUAUUAUGGAUAAACAGACGGGCAUGGCCGUGUUACCCAUUGUGGUUCGAGUGUGGAAGAAUUGUGAUCAGAAACCUUGUUUUUUCUUUUGUUUUGCUGCAUUUUUAUUUUAUCGAGUACUUAUUUAUCUUUUGUUGAUUACUUUGUGGACACUUUCAAGUGUUCAGCGUGUGUUUAUGUGACUGACUUUUGAUUGAUUAGAUUGUUUCUUUGAGGAAUACUGACUGUGAUGUUGGGAUAGUUGUUGAAGGUGGAUUAAUUGUAAGCGGUGUGGUUGUGUUUAUUACAUGAGAAUUUAGUAUGAUGAAAAUGAAUAAUGAAUAGAUUGGUGUUGUUGUAUUAUGUUGAGAUGAGCGGAGUUUAGAUUGACAGUUAUCGAUGUAAGAAUAUUAGAUGAUAUCACAAUAUUAACUGAUUAUUGAUUUUUUGAUAUUUAAUAAUUUGUCGUAGUUAAUUGUUUGAAUGGUGCUUAUUUCUCGUGAAUUCUUUGUUGUAUUAAUACUUGUAUAAAGAGUAUAAUGAAUGAGG